AUGGGCAGCUCAUUUAGCAAAGAUGGAGCGGCUACAAAAUUUUUUGAAAAGGUACCGGUGGUAGGUUACGGUGUGUCAGCCGUUCAUGCAGCUGCUGGCAAUCAAGAACAUGCAAAACGAGCAGCUGCUAACGCCACCAAUUCUACAUUGACAACGGCUGGAGCGAUAGCUGGAGGAAUUGUGGGUGGGCCUGCUGGCGCGAUGGCCGGAGCUGCUGCUGGCAAUGCAGUCGGCAUUGGUGCGGAACACGGAAUUAGCAAACAUAUCAAUGAUCCAGAAGUUCGAAAACAAGUUGGUGACGUGUCUGCCCAACGAUUCGUAACUGAUUUAGGAUUUUCAGCAAUUGGAAGCGGGAUGGGCUCUGUUGGAAGUACGGCUGCCAAAGAAGCGAUGCGCGAGGCAGGAGUUGAGGGACUGAAACACGCAGCUGGAGCGUUUGCUGCAGGACAAGUAACUGGUGGGACGUUUGCUGCAGCACCAAAAACUUUGGCUGACCAAGCAAGGCAGCAACAAAAAGAAAACCAAUCUGAGUUCAAAAAGGAAGCCAUUCCAGUGGCAAUGGGGAGUGCCAUGCUCGACGUGUCACAACUGGAAGAACAGCAACAAGAUCAAUCCAUCAAUACGGCUGAUCUGCAACGGUUGCGGGAGAUUCAAGAUGAAGUACGCGAAUUGCACAAAACUAUUCGGGAUGCCGAGAUGGAACUUGAACAACUUGAUCGUCAAAUUGAAACGCUGCGCGAAGAACAGCAAAAAGCUGAGCAGGAGUUGAACGAGCUCAUCACUGAACUCCAGCAGCUCACGCAACAAGUUCAACGCAUUCAAGAAGAACUACAAAAGUUGCGAGAAGCCGAACAUCGACUUGCUGUCGAACGUGAUCAGCUUCAAGCGACUCUCACUCAACAUCAACAAGCACUCGAACAGGAAAAGAUGAAAGUGCGCGAAAUCGAAAAUCAAAUGCAAAUACUAGAAAACGAAAAACGACUCAUCGAACAACAACGACAAGAACUCGCCGAAGCGCUGCGCACCGCAGAGAACGAACAGCAAGAGAUCAAUCAACAAAUAGCUAAGCUUGAAUCCGAACAAGCACAACUCGAACAACAGAUCAAUGCACUUCGCCAAGAGCUCGCUCAACUUCAACAAACAAUCCAACAACUCACUCAACAAAUCCAACAAGCUCAACAAGAAAUCGCUCGAAUUGAGCAAGAGAUCGCCGAACAAACGGCCAAAGCGCAAGAGUUAGAAGCAGCUAUACAACAAAUCGAAGCCGAAGUAGCUCGUAUUCAAGAAAAUAUUCGACAUGUCGAACAACUUCUUGCCGAAAAGGACGUACAACAGAAGGAUAUUGAACAGGAAAUUCAGCAAAAGACUGAAGAAAAACAAACGGUCGAAAAGGAAUUGCAAGCAGCCGAAGAAGCGCUCAGAACAUUGCAAACUGAAUUAGAAACAGUCAAAGCUGAACUAGCAAAUCAGCAAGAAAAACUGGCUGAGGCCCAAAGACAAGUAGCCGAAUGUGAAGCAAAAGUGCAGCAAGCCGAACAAGAACUUACUCAUGCCAAACAAGCCGUCGAACAAGCUGAACAGGAAGUCACACGUGCGAAAGAAGAAGUCGAAAAGAUUACCCAAAAUCUUCAGGCCAAGCAGCAAGAACUGACCGAAGCUACGAAUGAAAAAAAUCGUCUCGAUCAAUUGCUCGCUGAAAAAGAAAAGGAACUUCAGCAGCUCAUCGAAAAUACACAACGGCUGGAGCAGGAAGUGACCAAUUGCAAAACAGAACUCGAUGCUGCUAUUCAAUUGCUUAAUCAAAACAUCGAAACACUUCGGAAAGAAGAGGAAGCUGAACUUCAGAAGCAAAAAGAGGUCGAAGAUCAAGAAAAUGCGUUGAACGAAGCACAGAAUGAGGCUGAUAAGGCUGAACAAGAAGAAAACCAAACAAAACGAGAAUAUGAUGAAGCCAUGCGUGAAGAACAAAAUGCUCGAAACCAAUUGGAAGAGGCUAAAAUAAUACUCCAAAAAGCCGAAGCUGUAUUAAAAGCAGCUCAGACAGCUGCCGAAGCGGCUGAUAUUCUCAAUAACAUGAAGAUCGAUAGUAAUGCAACGGCGAAUGUUGGUGCCGCUGAAGCAGCUGUAACGCAGGCUCGAACAUCACUCGGUGACAAGGAAGGCAACUUAUCGAAUGCAACCGCCAAGCGAGAAAACACAUAUACUUCGUAUCAAACAGCUAUUUCGAAGAAUAGUGCUGCUAAGGCGAAACUAGCUACCAAGAAGAGCGAAUUGGAAACGAAGCGAAACGAAUUGAAACAGCAAAUCGAAGUCAAACAUAGCGCCAAACAACAGGUAGAACAACAACAAGACAUUGUCAAAGAUCUUACAACCAAACAUACGGAUCUCACUACAAAACUCGCAACGGCCAAGGAUGAACAAACGGCCAAGACAAAUGAUGUUAAUGAUCAUCGAGCUCAAGUACAAAAACAGGUAGAUCGACUGCAAACGCUUAAUGGCGAGUUGGAAACAAUAAAAGAUCAGCUUAACAACGCUCAACAGAAUCUGACCAAGGCAGAACAAGUAAGAACUGAAACAACAGAAAAAAUGCAAGCAGCUGAAGGUAAAGUUACGACGAUGAAAGCAGAAUUGGAUGGAAAGAACGCAGCAUAUCGUGAGGCAGAAUCCGCAGUUAAACAAAAAGAACAAGAAGUCGAGAAGAAACAAAAUGAGCUCACCGCUCAACAGACAACUGUCUCAACUGCUAAACAGCGCAUAGCAACUUUGGAGUCAGAAUUGGCUCAACGAACAAUGAAGAAAGACGAACUAGACAGAGAAAAGAAAGAGCAGCAGAAUCGAUUGACUGCUGAACAAGGUCAAUGUGAAAAACUCAAAGCCGAACAACAACAGAUCAAAUCGAAGCUUGAAGCAGCUCAGCAGCAAAAGCAACAAUUGAGCAAACAGCAACAAGACUUCCAACGACAAUUAGAAAGCCAACAAGAAACUAUGAACAGAAAGAAUACUGAGAUACAGAAUACCGAAGGAAAAAUGCAACAGAAACAUCAAGAACUUGCAAAGAAGAAUCAGGAGCGUGAUCAGCAUAAAGCUCAAGUCCAGCAGGUCAAAGAAAAGAUUAUGAAGAAUGGAAGAGAUUUACAAGAAAAAGACACUGCUAUUGGACAAAUGAGAAGAAAAGCACAAGAACAGACAAAUGCCAAACAGGUGAGUAUCGAUUGCUUCGUAAAAGGAUUCAAACACUCAAAACUAGAUGAUCUCAUUCUAACAAUGCCUAUUGAACUGAAACCAUAUCUGAGCGAGCUGCAUCUUUCUAUUCCGUACUAAGUUUUAUGAGAUUGGUCUUUGUGCAGCAAAACGCGAGUCAAUAUCUGUUUCCAUUCUUUGUAAGAUAUUGAACAAUUACCUAGAUACUGGAAGUAUCAAUUCAAUCAGGAUUGAUCGUUUUGUUUCUAUUGAAGAUUCCUGAAAGAGUGCAUCAAAAUCAAAGAGUCUCUAGUUUAUUAAAAGUAGAAGUAUAUUCUCCUGUAAUUUUGACAGUGUUGGAGAAAGAGUUUCACUAAUUUUUCAGAUGAUAAUCAACUUCUACCUGAUGUCUCUUUCGUAUUUCAGGCAGCCGAACGUCAAGUUAACGAAAGUCAACAGCGGCUUAGAGCUAUCCAAGAUCGGUUUAAAAAUAUUUCCGAGCAACUAACCGAUAAGCAACGAACGUACGAUGAACAGAAUCAAAAGCAGACUCAGUUGAACAGUAAUGUCGAAGAACGAAGAUCAAACAAGGAACGUCUAGCAACACAAGCAAACGAUACUCACAAUCAAUGGAUGUCAAAACGAUUAUGGAUUUCUGGAGCGGCUGGACAUUUGACUACUUUGACACAUGAGAUCGAUUCAAUCCGAGAGAAGAAUAUGACUGAAAUUCAAAACAAUAUGAAUCGACAACAGCAUCAUCGCGGUGAUCACAUGCUCAACAACAGCAACAACGCGAAUCAUCGUCGACAGCAGUACCUCCGCAACUAGACAGUUUGUUUUUAAUAACAUUGCCUUAUUCAAGAUAAACUCUUGUAAAAAAGACGCAGAUUCUUGAGAGUGUGAGUAGAAAGUAAAAUUAUCAAGAGCUGUACAGUUAGAGAUCGUUUUAUUUAUCCAUGAAAACAUAUGUUAAUUCAAUAAAUGUGUGUACAAAGAUUUGUUUCAAUAAACAGUUGAAAACAGAUCAACCUAUAUCUUUAUAAAUAAUAUAAAUCAAUCCGCUACUUUCAACUUUUGCUUUUCAGCAACCAACUAAGUCAAAUUAAAUUUUUUUUAUAAUUUUGAUAAUGUGCUUGAAUUAAAUUUAAUAAGAAAUAAUGCAGAUUUUAUUUAACGCUGACGCAUUUCAUGUUUAUUUAUUAAAAUAUCGAACCACUCUUCAGGGCAAUGCAUUACAAUAUAAAGCAGGGUGUAGGUGGGUGUGGGUGUGGAUGUGGGUGUGCGUGUUGAGUGUGGAUGUGGGUGUUGGGUGUGGAUGUGGGUGUCGACGUGUAGAAAAUGGAAUAGACAUUCCAACAUCCACACUCCCCCACGUCCACACCCACACCCACACACCCACACCCACACCCACAUCUACACCCACACCCACCCACACUCACACCCACACCCACACCGACCCACACUCACACCCACACCGACAUCCACAUCUACACCCACACCCACCCACACUCACACCCACAUCUACACCCACACCCACACCCACACCCACACCCACACCCCACACCCACACCCCACCA